AGUUGUGUUGCUAUAGCAACAGUAACAUAUAAUGAGCAAUAUAGCCUCUCAAAACAAUCACUGGGAUCGUUUUAUUUAUUGAUUUUUAGGAUUCAUAUUGCCAAUGGAUCCUGCAGGUGUGCAGCAGCGGUCUGGGGUUCUGACUGUCGGACAGGUGAGCCAUCACAGCAUUGAGCUCACCUGGACAAGAGAACACGGAUGGACCGACCCACCGGAUCAGUGGACCUGCAUCAUCCUGGAACAGAAGAACGCCGGGAAAAACUCAUAUAGAGAGAUAUACAAGGGGUACAGCACAUGCUUCACGGUGGAGAAUCUAGAACCGAAAACUACCUACACAUUCAGACUGAAGGUCACGUGGCCGUCUGGUCAGCAACGAUAUUACCCAUCAAUCUCUGCUUCAACAGAAAAGGAGCCUCUGAACGGGAGGAAUCUUCACAAUGCCGUCCUCAGGAAUGAUGAGGUGGAGCUCCAUCGAGUGCUGCAGUCCAGAACGGUCAUCGUGGACGUUCCUGACAAGCUGGACUUUACGCCUCUAAUGAUCGCCGUAUCGAGGGGCUUUACUAGUGUAGUUCAGAUUUUGGUGCAUCAUGGCGCAGAUGUUAACAGAAAAAACAACAGUGGCAAAGACAGCCUGAUGCUCGCGUGUUUUCACGGGCACCUGGACGUGGUGAAGUUCCUGCGCGGCUGCGGUGCGUCCUGGACCUCUCGAGACCGAUCGGGCUGCUGCGCUCUGCACUGGGCCACAGUUGGAGGACACCUGCCCAUCCUGCAGUACCUCAUACAGGACGGGUGUGAGGCUGAUGUGCAAGACAGCGACUUGUGGACUCCUCUCAUGAUCGUAUCGCUUAUGAGCGGAGACACGGCUGUAGCUUCACUGUUAAUCAGUGCUGGUGCUGAUGUUAAUGUAAAGGACAAAGACGGGAAAACACCACUGAUGGUGGCAGUGCUGAAUAAUCAUGAGCAUCUCGUUAAAAUGCUUCUGGAGAAAGGAGCUGAUUCAAACAUUCAGAACAAGCUUGGCGUUAACGCUCUGGACAUGGCCAAAGCAUUUGAUAGAGGGAAUAUCAUCAGUUUGCUGCUGGAUGAGGAGUCAGAGAUGUCAGACUAAAUGAGAGACACCACACAUCGGUUUCAUAAACAACUUUACUAGCGCUGCCCUUUAUGCCGACCAUUAUUUGUGUUGCAGACAUCAACGUACAGUAUCUUAUUUCACAUUUCUUGAUUAAUUGAAGAUUUAUCAUUUAAAAAAAAGCAGUUUACACCCGUGACACUGAAUAAAAAGAACGUUACAUGA